UCUCCCUCAUGGCUCUAACGUAGUCAUUUGGAUCUUUGAAGAUGACGAAACCAUAGCCGUUGGUCUUUCCUGUACGUUUGACAAAAGACCAAUUUUAAAAAAAGUAUGUUUAAUAUGGAAAUGUUGGCCUCUGAAAAGUAUGUCCAUCUAUAUGACUCAAUACUUGGUUUUGACUAUUUGACUUGAACUACUGGAAAUGGACUUUUCCAUCAUAUUCUAAUGGAUUGAGAUGCACCUGUAAGAGAUUUAGGAGCAGUUUCAGUCUUUGCAGGAGCCCGUCCCCUCCACCAGGUGUCCCCCUGUUCCUCUGAACCUCAGUCAGGGUUGAUGGCAUGCCUGGACCCUCCCUCUCCUCUGAGGUGUUCCCUGAGGAUGCACAGGCUCUGUAAGCGAUGGCCAACGCAGGAAUACAGCUUCUCGGCUUUGUGCUGGCCUUCCUGGGCUUCAUUGGCUCCAUAGCAUCCACGGCCAUGGUGGAAUGGAAAGCUUCAUCGUACGCAGGAGACAACAUCAUCACAGCUCAGGCGAUGUUUGAGGGCCUGUGGAAGAGCUGUGUAUCACAGAGCACCGGUCAGGUUCAGUGUAAAGUGUACGACUCACUUCUCCAGCUGCCAGGGAUUGUGACGGGCACACGAGGGCUGAUGCUGGCCUCCAUCCUUCUGAGCUUUAUUGCAAUGAUGGUGUGCAUGGUGGGCAUGAGGUGCACCACCUGUAUGGCAGAGCAACCAGAGCAGAAGGACAAAGUGGCUCUAGCCGGAGGAGUUAUCUUCAUUAUCGCUGGUGUGGUUGCUCUGGCUGGAACAUCUUGGUAUGGCAACAGAAUAGCCAGGGACUUCUACAACCCAUUCACUCCCACUAACUCAAGGUAUGAGUUUGGGAAUGCCCUGUAUGUUGGAUGGGGAGCUGCCUGUCUCACCAUCAUAGGAGGAGGCUUCCUGUGCUGUAACUGCUCCAGCCAGGACUCAGGGAAAUCUCCACGCUACCCUCCGUCCCGCUCUGCAGGCCAGCCGGGCAGGGACUACGUCUGAGACAGCCUGUCCAGCCUUCAUCAGAGAACCAUGCUAUUAUUGCAGAGAAUUGUCUUCUGUUUGUGAUUUUUUUAAAUGUUUUGCA